AUGGUGCAGAAAAGAUGCCUAGGAAAUGGAACGUCGCCAUACCCAGCUUGUUCCGCGUGUCUCGCAUUACUCGGCCGAGUAAAUACGUGGAGGUUGGCCGGCCCAGCCUUGUGGGGGGUGAGCCUCUGCCCUUUAAAGCAGGUGGAAAUGCAACAGAGCUUUCGAGCAGCGGCCCCAAUUGUUCAUGACGCCACGGAUCAUCGUUGGAUCGUCUGGUCGUCGGCCGUCUCAGCAACUCGCAUGAAUCCUCAUCGUCCAAUGUCUUGGAAGCGGCACUUUGAGAGAAAACAUCGACAGAAUCGACAAACUUGCUCGCGACGGGCACUGACCAGCGUUCCGAUUCACGGCUUGGCCGAGCCCAGGGCCACCCUGCGCGAAGACGUUGGGGUGAACGUGUCUUCAGUCAUAUGUUGCUCAAGAGCCGCGAGUCUCAAACAAUUGGUGCCGGAACCCUGUGACCAACAUCGUUUCAUAGCUGGGGUCUCUCAACCCGAACUGCCAAGGAGGCAUAAAGUCUGUCCAUGUUCGGAACGAACAUGCACGUCCUGGCAAGGAAUGGAUGGCUUCACGGAGUCUGAUUGCCCUACGCGCAUGAAAGCGAGAGACCGGAUGGCAGUAGACGUGGCCGGGUCAGGGCUCAUGAGGCCGUUUUAG